AUGAGUGCUUCCCUUUGUUCUUAUCUGAUCCUUCAAAUCCUUGUCGCGAUACUCGUCAUGACCUCGCAGCAUUUAGACGAUAUCCCUCCUCCUCCAUACACGGAGACUGACAUAUACUCCAAUGCCGGAUCUCAUCGAUCCCCGCAUACACCCAGUCACCGCUCAAACUCACACGGCACCGAUGAUGCCUCCAGCGCAGCAUCCAACGGAGAGAUCAUCUAUACUCCGCCGUUGACUCCUCAUAGCUCGCACCAACAGAACUUCGUCAGCGAGGCUGACCACCUAACCACCACCUCCGCCGAGGCAUAUUUUGACUCUCGGCCGCCACCCCGACUUCCUACCUUUGCUCAGGGCGAGCUGAUCGUACAUUCCAUCUCGGUCAAGGCAGACAGCAACCCAGAGGAUUUCCCAUACAUUCGGGACUGGUCCCAGCGAGACGUCCGGGUCGAAGACUGGCAGACAUUCGUCAACUACCUCAUCCCACACUACUCGGCCGAGGCCAACGAGAACAUCGUCGACCGCAAGCUGCGAGCGGAGGGUGUCAACGACGACAUGUUGUCUGCGAAGAGCGGCAACGCGGGCGAUAGGAGCCCCGUCGUUGCUCAGCUGGACCAGAUCCGCACUCCGACAGAGACAGCCCAGCGGCGGCAGAACGCCGAGGAGACUGUUCGUGAAUGGAACGACGGUUUCUUCGGCCCGCGGGGUAUUAAUAUCCACAUCGAGCUUUCCACCGACGACCUGCGAGUGCCUGGGGCCUGGGACCAGUCGUUUGAUAACGGCGGCCCGGAAGCAGCUGGGCAGCCGCAACAGACUGGCUCCCGCUGGAGGAGAUUCAACCCCCUUGGUGGUAGCUACGAUCACAAUUCUAGGAGCUUCACCUUUGCCGGCAUCACCCUCGAUGGCGACAAGCUUGCCAUUGGCAACAACGUCGUUGCGGACAGGAAUGGCCUGCGUAUUGGAGGCUUAGUUUUCGACAACAAUGGCAUCCGAAGCGGCUCGUCUACAAUGUUCCCUAGUGGAAAUCAAACAGGCCAGCGUGGCCUUCGAGGUUCCAGCUUUCCCCAGAUCCCGGGGCUCUCCUCGGUGCCUGGCUUUGGCCCAGGCGCUGGGGCGUACGCUACCCCUGGUAUGCCUCCCGCAGACUGCGGCAUUGAUGAGCCGCAUCGUCACAGCCCUACCGGUCGCUGCAAGGGGACUCGGGGUCCGGACCGCCACGAAUGCCGCCACGAGCGAGGUCGCGGUCUGCGACGGGGGUCCCAUCACCGCGGCGGUGGCCGUAGGAUGAGAUCACGCUCGAGCUCAUCGUCCAGUAGCUCUUCGUCGUCUUCCUCUGGCUCGGACGCAUCGUCUGUGGGAUCGCUGCCCGACUGGGAUGACCUGAAGGACCAGCAGCUACCUACCACCAAGCACUGUCUCAAGGAGUUAUUGUCACAUCCCGAUAACAUGAUCACCAAGGAGAAUGUACGGCAGGUCAAAGACCAGAUCAAGGCGGCUAAGAGGGAGAACAGCGGUGGCUUCAACGAGGCUGUGAACAUGGCGUUUGACAAGAAAGUACUGCGGCAGGAGGUCAAGGCUCUGAUGCAACAGUGGAAGAGUCUGAAGAGGCAGCAGGGCCAAAUGCGGAGGCAGCUGAAGCGGGAGAAAAAACAGCAGAGACGAGCUGAGAAGCGUGAGAGAAGACAAAUCAAGAGGGAGCUGAGAAAGGCAAAGAGAGAGGUCAGACACGGCCGCCAUCACAGCCACGGCCCAAGGCGCGGCCACGGUCCCUUUGAGGGCAUCCCGGGCGUUCCUGGUGCCGGACCGCAUAUGCAUCCAUGGUUCGGACCCGGACAGGCUGCCUCGGGCUUCGGCGGAGGACAUGGCCCAGGAUUUGCCAGAGGAUUUGAACAAGGCUUUGGCAAGGGGGUCGGACCAGGGUUUGCUGGCAAAGGUUUUGGAUCAGGUUUCGGUAGAGGCUUUGGUCUAGGGUUCGGCGAACCCUCGAACACGCCGAUGCGAGAUACGGGGGACACGGGAGGCAACCGAAACCCGUGGCAACAACUCCAAGAGCGCUUCGGCAAACGUAGAGAGUCCUGGGAUAGGGGGUUUGUGGCGGGUACAGCGCCCGGACCGCCCGGAAGCAGCCAGGAGAGGUUCCCGGGGACGUGGCCGGAGGACGGCGAGGAGGCUGCUCUCGCCAACGAUCCACAUGUGGCGUCGCAGGCAAUGUAUCAGGCGGCAGAGAACGUGCAGAAGGAGCUGGUGCAGAAGAAAUCCAAGUUGGCGAAGCUGAAAGACCAGCCCCCUGACAAAGGAGAGAAGAGCGAGGGUGCCCAGAUUGCUGCUGAGGGGGUACUCCAUGGCUUUGAACUCGAAAUCCAGGCCUUGGAGCAGACGGUCCAGAAACUUAAUCUUGAGGCGGAUGAAGCAUACGCAAGGGAGCUUGCAGAGGAAGACCAUCGACAGCAGAAUAUGUGA